AUGAAAGAAAUUUCAGUUGAUGAACUAUACAAAAAAGACGACAAACUAAAAAAAGAAGAUGUGCAGUCUUUAAUGGAAUGGAUGGAGAAGCAACCACAUUUGCCUAAAAUUUCAGAACUGCAGACAGCGCUUUUCCUUCAUAGUUGUUAUUACAGCAAUGAAGCUGCUAAAUAUACCAUCGAUACACACUUUACUGUCAAAACGUUAUGUCCCGAUGUUUUUGGGUCCAAAGAUGUUAAGAAUGAUAAUUUACUUCAAAUAGCAAUGAAAACUGUAUUUGUUGGUCCUGUUCCUAAACCUCCAAAAUCAAAUGAUAUAAUACUCUUCGGAAAGUUAAUGGAUUUUAAUCCAGACAACUACACGCUCGCCCCCCAAGUGAAUUUAUUUGAUUUGGCGACCAUAAUGUACUAUUUGGAAAAUGGGCCAGCCGAUGGUGUUCAUAUUGUGCUAGAUAUGAAGGGAGUCGUUUUUGCGCAUUUUCUUAAACUUAAUCCAGUUGUUAUAAAGAAAUUUCUGUAUUAUUUACAGGAAGGAAUGCCGAUAAGACUGAAGACACUUCAUUUUAUUAAUAUUGUAUCAUUUAUGGAUAAAAUUUUAGCCCUAAUGAAACCGUUUAUGAAGAAAGAACUAAUUGAUUCGCUACAUCUUCAUACGGAUGCCGAAUCUGCAUUUAAAUAUAUCCCUAAAGAAAUGUUUCCUCAAGAAUAUGGAGGACCUUGUGAGUCAUCAGAAAUAAUACAAGAGAAAAUUAGAAGUAAAAUUAUGGACAACGCAGAUUUUGUUACCCAUCUGACUAAUCAAGUUGUUGAUGAAUCCAAAAGGCAAGGAAAGCCAAAGAACGCUGGAGAUUUAUUCGGUGUAGAAGGAAGCUUCAAAAAACUAGAAGUCGACUAG